AAUUAGCAGUGCUGUGCAGGCACCCUAUUACCAUAGUGCCUGUAGGUGCAAUCAGUCCGCUCUAACUCAAGCUGAGUCCUCAGUUGCGAUUGAUUGCCUGUGCUGCUUCUGAAUGGGCUUCUGCUAGCCAAAGUGCCUGUGCCUCUGUCUGCAAGGCUGCCAGAGCGAAAGCGUUAAUUUUCCAGAGUAGAGCAGAUGACGGACAGCUGAGGCAGCCAGUGAAAGAAGUGAGGAGGAGGGGGCUGCUCUGACCUCACCAAUGAGGAGGAGGCAGGGAGAGGGGCUGCAGCGUUCAGCUCAUGCCGAAGCCUGUGCAUUCACAAGCAGCCUCACUCGGAGGAGGAAUGCCCACUCUCUCUCCCGCUGGCCACACGCUGCCUCGCCACUGCUGAGACACAUACAGAGAGAGAGAGAAGAGACCGAGAGAGAUCUCCAAGUGAGGAGACAUUAGCACGGCUAUAGGCGAGAACUCUGCCCGCCGACUUACAAAUGGAGUGGAACGGGUUUAAGAUGGGAUCGACAGAGACUCAGUGGCGUCAGGCAGACCUGCCGCAGCUCCAGGGCUGGGCUGAGAAGGGACUGCUGACACAGCCAAAGAUGAUAAUCAGCAACAUGGAGCCUCAGGUGACGAACGGGCCGAACUCUGCCAUGGCCAAUGGUCCCUCCAGUAACAGCCGCAGCUGCCCCUCACCAAUGCAGACCGGCGGCUCCAGUGACGACAGCAAGACAAACCUCAUUGUCAACUACCUGCCCCAGAACAUGACCCAGGAAGAGUUCCGCAGCCUCUUUGGCAGCAUUGGCGAGAUUGAGUCCUGCAAGCUGGUUCGAGACAAAAUCACAGGGCAGAGUCUUGGCUAUGGCUUCGUCAACUACAUUGACCCAAAAGAUGCAGAGAAAGCCAUCAACACGUUAAAUGGACUCAGACUUCAGACCAAAACUAUUAAGGUUUCAUAUGCACGGCCCAGUUCGGCUUCUAUCCGUGACGCUAAUCUGUACGUGAGUGGGCUGCCCAAGACCAUGACCCAGAAGGAGCUGGAACAGCUCUUCUCUCAGUACGGACGGAUAAUCACCUCCCGCAUUCUCGUCGACCAGGUCACAGACAGAGAGAGGAACCGAGAGAGGAGGUGUCAUUCCCAGUUUCCUCUAUCUGCUCCACUUUCGAAGGAUUCGGCUUUGACCUCAACAUCACUCUGCGGUGGCUCGCGGGGUGUGGGCUUUAUUCGCUUUGAUAAGAGGAUAGAAGCGGAGGAAGCCAUCAAGGGUCUGAAUGGACAGAAGCCCUCAGGUGCUGCCGAGCCCAUUACGGUGAAGUUUGCCAACAACCCCAGCCAGAAGACAAGCCAGGCACUACUGUCGCAGCUGUACCAAUCCCCCAACCGCCGCUACCCUGGACCCCUCCACCACCAAGCGCAGAGGUUCAGGCUGGACAAUUUGCUUAAUAUGGCCUAUGGCGUUAAGAGGUUCUCCCCCAUCACCAUCGAUAGCAUGACCAGUCUAGUAGGGAUGAAUAUCCCCGGUCACACAGGAACGGGCUGGUGCAUCUUUGUCUACAACCUGUCUCCGGACUCGGAUGAGAGUGUCCUGUGGCAGCUCUUUGGACCGUUCGGCGCUGUUAACAACGUCAAGGUGAUCCGUGACUUCAACACCAACAAGUGCAAGGGGUUCGGUUUCGUCACCAUGACGAACUACGACGAAGCGGCCAUGGCCAUCGCCAGUCUGAAUGGGUAUCGGUUGGGUGACCGUGUCUUGCAAGUGUCUUUCAAGACCAGCAAGACCCACAAGUCCUGAACUCCCCUCCCAUCACUUGUGUAGCUCCUUACAGCUCCUCUAAUACUAAAAACCCACCUCUGCCCACUCAGCUACUCAAAACAGGAACACACCCGACCAACGAACCCACAAAAAAGAACUGGAUAUGGCUUAUAAUAUAACUUUGGACCUAUAAGCCAACGUUGCCUAAGUAUUACAAAAUGACAAAUUGAGAAUAUUCAUUAUUUGGAGACCCUGGAAGUGGUACAGGGAUUCUGUUGUAUAUCUUUUUGAGUUCUCGUGAUUGUUUUUACUUUAUUCUUUUUUUUUUCUCUGUAAACAGUAGCAAAACCAGACCGCCCUUAUUUUGAAGAAGAAAAUGUCCUUCUUUAGAUCGAACUUUCUUGGUGUCGAUUCAGGAUUUUUUCUUUCUUUUUUAAAUCCGGAUCCACUGUCGUUAGAAUAACGCCUCCCUGGUAAGAGAACAGGAGGGAGCUCUUUUUAAAAAAAGAAGAAAAAAAAUCGUGAUCAUUCAUUCAUUUGUUUUGGUGUAAAUUGUUUGAGAUCCCCAAAAUGUCAUUCAUCAAAAAUGAAUUGACAGGGAUGAGGCCAUCCCUUUUCUCUAAUGCAGAAGAUGUUUCUAGCAUAGUUUUGGUUUUGUACUGCAAACAAAACACACGUCUGUCCUCACGGGGAAUUCAGGGGGAAGGGGCGAGGGAAGGGAUGGGCUAGCGCUCCUGAUGACACGUUGCGUCAAAAAAAAUAAAAAUACCUACACACACACACACACUGUUGCCAAAGAGAAAAUCUCUUUGCUUGAAAAUGCGUUUAGAAAAAAUGAAAAAAUAAAGAGAAAGAAGAUCUAUUUUUAUAAAUAAUGAUUAAAAUAAUUAUUGAAGAAUUUUUACAAGAAUCUGGAUUUGAAAAAAGAGAAAAAUAUUUUGACUGGCUAAUUAGGGACGGGGGGAGGGAUCAGGUGCCACCUUGUCUUGUUCGUUCUGCCGUGGUACUUUUUAGGAUCCAAGGUCAUUUGUUUUUCGGGGAGAACCGUAUUGGCAAUGGAAGAAUUUUGUAGAUGGAAGAAUUUAUCAAGGGAUGCAAAUUCAGGCAGGUAAUUUUUCAUAGCAGUAAUUAUUCAACAGCGAUACCCAAUAGGAGAGGGAGAGGGGUCUUCCCAGGCUAACCACAUCUUCACAGUCAAGAGCCCAAAGCAAGGCCACUCAUUGUCCACUCAUUUACUUUAGAUCAUCUGUCUUUGGGAUAUAAGUAAUAAAGAUACGCGCGUGCACACACACUUCUUUCUCCAUUCGGACGACAUAAACAUGGUUAUGUUUAAUUCGCUAUGAUUUCGUGAUAUCGCAUUCGAGAUGUACUUCCUUUAGCGAUCAACAGUAGGUGCUAUAUUACAUGGUUCACAUAUCUUAAAUAUCCAACUUUGUUGUUCUUCGUGUUGUUUAGAGAGAAAAAAAA